UAAGAGCAGGGCGCUAGUAGCGACAGGUUAGGAUAUUCAGUUUCCAAUCAUUUAUUUGGGUAAUGUAAAUUACAUAAUAAACUUUAAGAACGUAUUUUAAUUUCGUUAUAAAAGUACAAAAUGAGACAAGCAAUUUUGAGAUUAUACAAAGACUUAUUACGCUACAGUCACAAUGUAAAAUACACAGACCCAUUAUAUUUUCGAUACAGAAUUCGUAAAGGUUUUAAAGAAAAUAAAGAUAUUACUGAUCAAAAACAAAUUGAAUUUCUAUUACAGAAAGGACAGAAACUACUUCAAGAACAACGAGUGGUAUAAGUACUUUUCUGUACUUGAAUUGUAUACUAUUCCAAGGUACCUAAGCUUGAAGAACAUGACUUGAAAGAACAAUUUGUAAGAGGAAGCGGACCUGGUGGUCAAGCAACUAACAA